AUGUUCAAUGACUUUGCAGAUCAAUUGUUGAAGAGUAUUGAACUUGUCAAGGUUCAACUUGACACCUUUGGCCAUAACAAUUCCAAGCUUUGGGAUUAUUACAAUAUAAUUUAUGUGGAUUCAGCAAGUUCAUUCAGAAGAAUUAACCCUGGUGUAAAAACCAAACAUCAAGACUUCAGUGAGUUCUACUUGGUAGUUUAUCAGCCUUUAACAUUUGACAAUCUAUCACAAGACCUCGAGGGUAUAUUUACUUAUUGUUGGAGUUAUCACAUAGUUAAUGUCAGCAUAAUGCUGAUGGAUUCAAUGGGAAUUCUUCGAAUCUUCACUUACUUUCCCUUUAACAAAAAGAAAUGUUUCUCAACUUCUAUCGUUGAAAUAGACGGUCUAACUUUCAAAGAAAUCUUCCCAUCAAAAAGUCGUAAUUUACAUCAAUGUGAACUUAUUGGUGCUAUUUGGUGGAAUCCGCCUUAUGUAAGCUGGAAAAAAGGGUCAACCAAUAUUGAUAGGUUUAUUGGUUUGGAAGGUCAAAUGCUUAUAGAAGUGGCAAGAAAUAUGAAUUUUACUAUUAAAGUUGAUACUCCGAAAAAUGAUGAAAGACGUGGAUUGAUAUUUCCAAAUGGAACCGUUACAGGAGCUGUAAAAAUGUUACAGGAAAAACAAGCACAUUUCAGUACUGGCUGCUUCAGAUACACACUGGAUAGGGCAGUUGUGUUGACUGCGUCUUACAGUUUUUAUCAAACGGUGCAGGUUUUCUUUGUGAAAACUCAUAUUGAACCUUGGACAUCAUUUGAGAUUAUGCUUUACCCAUUUGACAUUUACAUUUGGUAUUUAAUGCUGAUCAUUAUUAUAUCCACGAUAAUGUUGAGUAUUUUCUUGGAAAAAUACCAACCCAACAUUUUGAUGUUUGUCUUUGGCUCUGGAAAAUCAGGAAAUGUCUUCAAUAUUUUCACGGUAUUGCUGGGUUACCCCAUUACUCCGGAACCAAGAAGAAAUUUCGCCAGAUUCAUAUUGAUUCUUUGGAUGUUUUCAGCUUUGGUAUUGAGGAAUUCCUAUCAAGGAUUGGUGUAUUAUCUUUUGAGUUCGAAUUUAGCAAAACUUCCACCGGAUACAUCGAAGGAAUUAGCUGAACAAAAUUAUGUCGCUGUAGUCAGUUCAUCGAGCAAUGAUACUCUAUCACAAUUGCCAAUUAUUCGAAAUGGUAAUUUACGUUUGUUGGUAAAGAAAAUCAACGAACAAGAUACAUAUCCGAUAUUGGAAAAUUCCUCAAUGAAAUUAGCAUCUUCGCUGCCAAGAGAUUUCGUAAGCUAUCAUGUUGCAAAAACAAAGAAAUAUGGAGUAUUUCAUAUUUUAAAAGAAUCAGUGUUUACACAUCAAAUUGUUGUGUAUUUUACAAAACAUUCAUUUCUAACAGCUCGAUUUGAUGAAGUGUUGAAAAGUUUUCGAAGUUUUGGUUUAAUUGAAUAUUGGGCAUCUAAGAAUCUUGCCGAUGAUAUGAUAGAGAAGAAUCCAUUUGAACCUAAAGGUGAAGUAUCGUUGAAAAUGGAUCAGUUUGAUGGUGUUUUUUGGUUGUUGUCGUCAUGUUUAAUUGUUUCGGUUUUGAUAUUUGUUGUGGAACUUAUUUCAGUGAAAUUUGCAUAUAUCAGAAAAUUGUUUGAAUAA